AUGGAGGAAUCAUUGGGUGCUGGAUUCGACCGCAUUCGUGCGACUGUCAUACCCCCAACAAAUUUCGAGUCUUCAAUAACGAUGUCGCCGCUGCUUACUCGGACAAUGAGUGACUUGGAGAAUCCCGCCUACUUGCGUUUAACAAGUAUUGAUCAUGGAGAUGGCUCUGAACAAACAUUCUUCACCAAUAGAGCCCACGCUGAUAGCGAGAGUUCGCAUAUACCCGACUCUGACGAAUCCGACAAUCUCGAUCUGGAAAUGCCUCAUGACUUGGAUCAAAGCUCUCGUUCGACGAAUUCAGAAAUCGCUGAACGGAUGCCGCACCUUGCUUCUAUACUGCAGCAAUUUACCAAUGCUUCGACAAUGGAAGCAGAAUGUGAUGAUGAUAAUGAAGACAGGCUCGUCGAAGACUACGACUCUCUCACUUUCGACUACUCGUCCCCGGUAACUGAUUCCGACGAUGAAGGCAGCGACCCGGACGACACUCGCAAGUUCUACACAGGAAUGUAUACGCGCAUUGGAAAUCUCGACGACGAUGAUACAGACUAUGACGAUAAUAUGGACAAUGAAGAAUCCUGGUAUGGCGAUGAAUUUCGCAAUUCAGAUCGUUACUGGGGUAUAAUGGAGCCAGAGGAGACUGUCGACACCCAUUUUGCCGCUCCACCGACUUACGAACGCAACCUCACAAUAGAGCAAUUUAUUCGUCUUUGGCGGAUCAGAUCUACAAUGACCGAUAACGACCAAGAACGCUUUAACUUUCCUCAGCCGGAUAUUGAAGCAGCGAAUGUGGCUUUUUGGGAUAGACCGGAGAGGAUUAUUAGUCCUCAGGAUCAUGAUGCUGAUUUCUAUGAUAUUCAACAAAUUCCCUGGCGCGAGAAGCUAAACGUUCGUCGUGAAGACGCACGAAUUCUCCGUGAUGCAUGGUAUACGCCGUAUCGUAACCUGAAUUACUCUAGGAACGGCUUCCAACAAAGACUACCUAGCUCGGAGGUCUAUUUUCGACCGAAGGCCAUGUAUACAAAUUUAAGAGCCACGAUCGAGCACUUUCAGCUUCGCAAUCUCAUGUCGGUUACAGCUUCAAACACCGUGCAAUUUGCGCAUGAGUCGAGGCUGGUCUCAUGGAUUCCAACUUACGACACCGUUUCGUGUCCGAUUGAUCUCUCCCAACCAGCUAUAGAGACCGGCUUCCAAGGACCCGUGAAGAUCUCGACAAUCCGAUCGAAAUUCGGAGUCGCCGUUGUCGGCGGCUUCUGCGGCGAGUAUGCCAUGCAUGUCGAAGGUAGCCAAAUGGGCAACACAUAUGGACUCGUUACGAAGCAUAUCAACGGCAUCACAAAUCAUAUCGAUAUCACCCAAAACCGCACAAACAGCUCUCCCAUGAUCGUCUUCGCGUCAAACGACGAACACAUCCGCGUUCUCGACUGCGCGACCAACAAAUUCAUCUCCGACCACGAACUCUCCAAACCCGUCAACUGCACUGAAACCUCCGUCGACGGUCGUCUCCGCAUCGUCAUCGGCGACUCCCCUGAAGCCUGCGUCCUCGAAGCCGACAGUGGCAGACCCGUACAACGCCUCCGUGGACACCGCGACUUCGGCUUCGCGUGCGCCUGGUCGCCCGACAUGCUCCACAUCGCAACAAGCAACCAGGACAAAACCGUCAAUAUCUGGGACGUACGCAUGUGGCGGAUUCUACAAAGCAUGGACUCCGACCGCGCCGGCUACCGCUCCCUGCGCUUCUCCCCGCUCGGCGGCGGUCCACGCACCCUCCUAAUGUGCGAACCGGCAGAUCGCAUCGCCAUCGUCAACGCGCAAACCUACGAGACUAGACAAGUGCACGAUUUUUUCGGCGAAAUUGGCGGCGCGGACUACACCCCCGACGGAACCUCCAUCUGGGUCGCGAACACCGACGACCUGUUUGGCGGAUUCAUGGAAUUCGAGCGCUCACAGUACGGCCUACGAUACGGUUCAACAUCCGGCGUGGGUGGUAGUUCCAGCAAUAAACGGAGACGAAACGCCUCAUCUAACGAUGAUGACAGCUUCACUCCGCACUGGUACCACGACCUACCACAUGAAUGGAUGACCGAAGCCGGGCUCGCCUCGAAUCCGCGCUGCAUCAGCAGUACCCGCGAGCGCGAUCUCAGGUUCAUGCAGGGUUUGAGCGACGAAGCGCGCGACAAUCUCCUCAUCUAA